AUGCCAACCUCAAUCGAUAACAAGUUCGUUCCAACUCCACUGGCAGCAGCAGCAGAGCCUGACGCGGGCUCAGACGACGAUUCGACCAUCGAGAUCUCCAGGCCGGCCACAGUCACAGAGCUGGUGGGAGAUGCUCGCUGCCUCUCCUAUGGCUGUGUCUUCGAGCGCCUCAUAGUGGUCAAGGGCCGUGUCCUCGAUUUUGCAUGGUCUGACCUGAUCGGCCAAACAUCCACCAUCAGGAGACGAUCGGCUUCCACUGUUGCGCCGCCGGCCAAGGAUGCUGUGCGCCAACCGAUUCUCCCUACAAUACGUGACAUCCUCCAUCAGGAUCUCCAGGGACAUGUCCACGCCAGCGAUCCUCCUGUUGGGAGAAAGCAGCCCCCCUCUUAUAGUCCACAGGACAGCGGCCUCGCUGCUGGUGAACAGAACCCUUCCAAAGACGAUGCUCAUACCAACAUCUCAGAAUUGUCUCCACAAAAUGGCAACACCAUGGCUCUGGGACAAUCACAGAACGUCCAUCAUACGGCUUCGCUCGAGGAGAGACUGCCACAUGCUGCGGCAACAGUGCUGCUCGCCGAUGCAAGAGACGGGCGCACGAGCAUCGGAAGACUGAGCAGUCUGAUAGACCUCGAAUGUGGCGAUUGCGGCUACCGUGCAAAAAGCCGCUCAGACCUUAAGUAUACACAUCCACCCCGCUCUUAUAGCACUCGAAAGACCACUGCUGACGUACGAAUCACAAGAAAACACCUUGCGCGCCACAACCGCGACCACAAAUGCCCAAUCCAGGGCUGCCCGCAGAAGUGGAAGGGCUUUGCCACCCGCAACGACCUGGACAGACAUCUCUUUGUCAUCCACAGGAUCAACAACAGGAAAUUAAAGUCCUACAAGUGCUUCGGGAGAGACUGUUCAAGGCCGCAGAAGGAAUGGCCUCGACUGGAUAACUUCAAGCAACACCUCAAAAAGAUGCAUUCGAGGGAGAGCGGGGAGGUCCUUCUCCAACAAUCUAAUGAAUGGUAUGAGCGCCAGCUUGCCCAGCAGCUCGAGCAUGGUACUCUGAGAGUUUCCCCAGUACCCGAGGCUGCUGCAGUUCAGGUCUCGGCCCCUGGGAGGGUUUCCUCUGCCAAUGGCAAUCGCACCGACAGCGACUCUGCUGUAGAGGUCUCUUGA